ACUGCAGUUACAAACCAUAUUCUUUACAAACCGGAACUUUUGAGAAUGCGGAAAAACAGGUGGAGACAAGACUGGCAGGCACGCAUUAGAAACGAUAACGACACUCCCAAAUUUUAGCACAACAAGAGAUAGCGCUGUUUGAUAGCAGCGCAGCUUUGCGGCGUUUUACGACCCUUGUGUGUGUGUGUGUUUUUUUAAAGCACCGUCUUCCCAAAAUGUCCCUCCGCUACCAGGAUAAAGUUGUGAUCGUCACUGGAGGAUCCAAAGGGAUUGGCAGAGGGAUUGUCAGAGUGUUUGUGGAGAAUGGUGCUAAAGUCGUGUUUUGUGCAAGAGGAGCUGCAGCAGGUGAAGCUCUGGAGGCUGAGCUCAACAAAUCAGGGCGAGGCUCCUGCAAAUUCAUCACAUGUGACAUCUCCAAAGAGGAAGACAUCAAGAGACUAGUGUCGUCCACAGUGGAGAUUUACGGAACAGUUGACUGUCUGGUGAACAAUGCAGGGUGGCACCCUCCUCAUAAACCAACUGAUGACACGAGUGCAGAGGAGUUCAGGGAUCUGCUCAAUCUGAACCUCAUCAGUUACUUUCUGGCUUCCAAAUACGCGUUGCCGUAUCUGCGGCAGCGUCAGGGAAACAUCAUCAACGUGUCGAGUCUGGUGGGAAGCAUCGGUCAGAAAGAUGCUGCUCCGUACGUCGCCACCAAGGGGGCAAUCAUUUCCAUGACAAAGGCGAUGGCUGUGGAUGAGAGUCGCUACAAUGUGAGGGUCAACUGCAUCUCUCCAGGUAACAUUCUGACACCUCUAUGGGAAGAUUUAGCCUCACAAACACCAGAUGCUGCUGCAGCCAUAAAGGCAGGAGAAAAUUCUCAGCUUCUGGGUCGUAUGGGGACAGAGGAGGAGAGCGGACUGGCUGCUCUGUAUCUCGCUGCUGAUGCCACUUUCUGCACCGGGAUCGACCUGCUGCUCAGCGGUGGAGCUGAACUCAACUAUGGCUUCAAGAGUCAAAUCCCAUCAUGAUGUCCAGCCCGGUGUCCAAAAAGUCAAUUAACUAAUUAACGUGUUUCAGUGCAGAUUUUGUAUACAAACAAAGUGCUGGUGCAUUAAUGAGAUACUAAAUGGGUGUAAUAUAAAUAUGUUUUUUAUCAAAUGAAUCAAAAUGCUGCUAUUUUAAUAAUUCACUCUUGCUAGGAUACGACAGUUUAAGAUUUUGGCAUCCUAACAAACUGUGAAAUAAGACCUGUACCCCUCCCCUCUGUUCAUCCAAUCAGCAUCAACCUUUUUGACCCCAAAUAACCUCUUCCGUUGGGGCCUGUUGGAUCUACCAAUCAGAUGUCAUGAUUCUGUCACGCCUCCAAUGACUUUCUUAAUGUACUAUUCAAUGAGCCCAUUCACUUGAACAAGAGUAAUAUAUUAUUAAACUGAUUUUCUUACCACA